AUGGCAUCCCGCAACCCUGAGGCUUCCGCCAACUCUGACCCUAACGGCUUCCACGCCUCUGCCCCCAGAGACGAGCCCCUCACCACCACUGGCCACCAGCCUGGAAAGCUCGUCGGCAAUGACGCUGCUCCUGAGUUCCACGCUGAGACCCUCCCUGCUGGCACCGCUCCUCCUGAGCAGUAUCCCAACAACAUCGCUGAGGCUCCCCCAGUCCAGGGCGGUACCACUGCCGCUGACACCAUCGGCGGUGCCACUUCCCAGCAGGUCCACACUGGUCUUGGUCACCCUGGCCAAGGUCAGACCUCUGCUGAGCUCCACCACGACGGCCAAGCACACAACAAGAACCCCGGCACCGGUCUUGACGGCCUCAAGUCUGGCGCCCAGGGCAAGACUGUCGACUCUCGUCUUCCCGAGCACGCCGGCCAGCGCAACCUUGAGAGCGACAAGGCCAUGGGCGGUACCCGCAGCAACAUCCCCAACGCUGAGGACAGAAUCCCCGACUCUGCUUAA